GGCACUAUGGAUCCCCCAAAGAAGGGCGGUGAGAGGAAGAAGGGCCGUUGGGCUAUCAAUGAGGUCAUGACCAGAGAGGACACCAUCGACAUUCACAAGCGCAUCCAUGGCGUGGGCGUCAAGAAGCGUGUCCGUAGGGCGCUCACGGAGAUUCAGAAGUUUUCCGUGCAGGAGAUGGGGACACCAGAUGUUCGAAUCCACACCAGGCUCAGCAAAGCUGUCUGGGCCAAAGGACUCAGGAAUGUCCCAUACCGUAUCCAUGUGCGGUUGUCCAGGAAACAUAAUGAGGAUGAAGAUUCCCCAAACAAGCUCUACACAUUGGUUACCUACAUGCCUGUCACCACUUUCAAAAACCUACAGAUAGUCAAUGUGGAGGAAAACUAG